AUGCCUUUUGCCCAGUUCCUUCUUGAGGAUUCUUCGAUCUCGGUCUUAGAUCGGCAACAGGCUAUUGACCGUAUCUAUUCGGACCCUGGUAUUCCCCAUGAUAUCACAACUUCCUCCUUUUGGACGCAGACGCCGCACCCGCAGUUCGCGCAGCGAUCCAUGCAGCCCCUCGCAUCAAGUGCCGAUGUGGUGAUCAUUGGCUCGGGGAUAACAGGUGCAUCUAUAGCGCGUACGCUUCUUCAAAACGGUGUCAGAUCUGCAUCGUCAGCCCCAUCCCAUCCAGCUGUCGUCAUCCUUGAAGCUCGAGACAUCUGCAGUGGAGCUACUGGGCGAAAUGGUGGCCACAUUCUCGAAACUGCAGAUGAUUAUGCCGAGCUAGCAGAUGUGUAUGGGGAGGAUGUUGCCCGCAAGACUAUGCGCUUCCGGUUAUCGCAUCUGCGUGAAAUGCUGGAUGCUGCGGAAGAGCUUGGUCUCACAGAGGAGGUUCAGGCACGGAAGGUACAGUUUCUGAGUGCUUUCUUUGGAGAUCAGCCAUGGAAAGACGCUUUGGAAAGACUUCAACGGUUCAAAGAGGGCAUGCCAGAAGAAUCGGCAGAGUGGAUUUCAUAUGACCGAGAAUUGAUGCCAGAGGAGUUCAAGCUUGCAAAUGCAACGGGUGUUGUUGCCGGUCCUGCUGGUGCACUGUGGCCUUACAAAUUUGUCACAGGUAUACUGGCUAGACUUCUCGCAGACUAUCCAGAGGAGUUUCAAGUCAACGAUCAUACAGCGGUCACAUCGAUUGAAACCAAGUUGUCUUCGACCUACAAGUAUAAGGUCCAGACAGAUCGAGGAAUCAUCUCCGCUCGCAAUGUCAUCCAUUGCACGAAUUCUCACGUCGGCCAUUUAGUCCCUGGUUUACGUGGCCGCAUAUUUCCCGUGCGAGGACAGAUGUCUGCGCAAACUCCUGGAGACAAAUUCCCCUGCCAAGCAUACGAGCACUCCUGGCUCUUCAAUUACCAUCGCGGCUUCGACUAUCUGACCCAACUUCCUGGAGGACAAAUGAUGUUCGGCGGAGGGUUUGGUCAAGGUGAACUCGGCGGAAUUGCAGAGUUGGGAGUAGCUAGAGAUGACGAGAUGUCUGUAUACAUUGAUAUCCACCUCUCUGGUGCAUUAAGCGCAGUCUUUGGCCGGGAGUCCUGGGGCCGGGUGCAAGGUGACCCGGUGCAGGCAAUGUGGACAGGAAACAUGGCGUUCAGUUCGGACGGUUUCCCGUGGGUGGGACAAUUGCCGGUCUCGGCGACAGGUCGAUCAUCCUCGGAUGAGGGGCUUGGAGCCGAGUGGGUGUGCGCUGCAUUCGGCGGGGAGGGCAUGGUGCAAUGUUGGCUUUGCGGAAAGGCUUUGGCUAUUAUGUUGCUCCAGCAGGACGGGACGUUGGACCCUGCAGUUGAUGCAGAUCUUUCUUGGGUUCCAGAGCAAAUGCUUGUUUCGGAGGAACGACUUGCUGAUGCUGAGCUGCCGAGGUCUGCGCCUGGCUCUCAACGCCAAGCGCAUCUAUAG